AUGGAUAUCAAGAGGUUUGCCCGGCAUGGCGGUCCUGAUUUGACCAGCCUUCGAUGUUGCCCCCCAACCACAGUGUUUGUCUACCACCCCGCCGGCUCGGAUAAGUCCAACUUCCAGUAUACGGAACUUCAUGCCGGAGCCACGUAUUUCACGUUCGACCAUAUACUCGUGGUACCCAAAACUGCAGAUUCCAUGAAGCAUGGAAUGCCAACAGCGAAAGUCAUUUCUAAGGCCAGUUUGAAGGCGGCAUUCAAAGCGAACAAGGCCUUGAGGAGGAAGCGUCGCGCACCCGAUGCAGCUGCUGCGCCUGUUAAGCAUAAGAUACCGCAUCAAAGACGCCAGAGCUAA